GGCUCGCUGGCCGAGAACCUCAUGGAGUCCUUGAAGGGCAACGAGGAGGUCGCCGAGCGCAUACUGGAGGUGCGGCAGCAGACGAAGACGGAGAAGAAGCGGCUCGCCAUGGCGAUGCGCAAGAAGCAGCUCGGCGCGCUGGGCAUGAAGACGAACGAGAAGGGGCAGGUAACAGCAAAGAGCUCGGUGUUGAAGCAGAUGGAGGAUCUAGGUGAAGAGACAGGCCUGACCUGCUGCAUCUGUAGGGAAGGCUACAAGUACCAUCCCAAUAAGGUGCUGGGCAUCUACACGUUCACGAAGCGUUGCAACGUCGAGGACUUUGAGAACAAGUCUCGUAAGACGGCCGGCUACACGACCGUGUCACACUUCAACAUCGUGCAUGUAGACUGUCACAUGGCCGCAGUCAG